CCUCGAGCGGGGAGGAAGGGGGCUUCCGGAGGCGGAGAGCCGGGGGCGGAGGGACCCAGGCCUCUCGGACGCGGGGCAGGGCAGCGCCGGGGCUGGAGACGGACUCUGGGACCCUCGGGUGCGGGAGUCUCAGCGACCUGCCCCGCGGCACGCGCGGCCGCGGAGUGGCCUACCGGGGACCCUCCCCCAGAGGGACCGGCCCGGGGCGGGGAGAUGAACGGCUUCAGCACGGAGGAGGACAGCCGCGAAGGGCCCCCCGCCGCCCCCGCUGCCGCCGCCGCCCCGGGCUACGGCCAGAGCUGCUGCCUCAUCGAGGACGGCGAGCGCUGCGUCCGGCCCGCGGGCAACGCCUCCUUCAGCAAGAGGGUCCAGAAGAGCAUCUCGCAGAAGAAACUCAAGCUGGACAUCGACAAGAGCGUAAGGCACCUGUAUAUCUGUGAUUUUCACAAAAAUUUCAUCCAGAGUGUCCGAAAUAAAAGGAAGAGGAAGACAAGUGACGAUGGUGGAGAUUCUCCCGAGCACGACACUGACAUUCCUGAGGUUGAUCUGUUCCAGCUGCAAGUGAACACCCUACGACGUUAUAAACGACACUACAAGUUGCAGACCAGACCAGGCUUCAAUAAGGCCCAGUUAGCAGAAACUGUGAGUCGACACUUCAGGAACAUACCUGUGAAUGAAAAAGAGACCCUUGCCUACUUCAUCUACAUGGUGAAGAGUAACAAGAGUAGACUGGACCAGAAAUCGGAGGGUGGCAAGCAGCUUGAGUGAGGAUGAAGCACAUCUUAAAGGAAUGAAGUGUAAUGCUUGAUGCACAGGUGAUAUCUGCUACAUUUAAGCCCAUAAAGACUGUUAAAUAUUAUUGUAAAUAAAAAAGUUUGAAUGAUGAAUAUUGUAAAUCUUUUUGGUCAGGAGGAUUCUCAUGAUUCAGCAUGUGUAUAGAAAGACUUUCUUUUAAGAUAACUCUGGACUAAAAAAAUCAGGAUCAUUAAAAGAAUUUAUGUAUUUCAGCAUUCAACAAAGCAUUAAGUCAAUUCUACUGGAAAUGUGGGAUAAGAAAUAUUUUGGUAAUCACCUUCUUCUCCACCAGGCUGCCACGUGUGAGCCGUAGCUUGGAAUAGCUGCAAGGUGCAAUUGACCGUGGAAGUGCAUGAGCAAACCCACAUCUGGACUUGCAUGCUGCCCGCUGGCGACAUAGAUAUCCCGCCCGCUUUGUUGCAAGCUUUGUCAUUUAUCAGCAGAUCAGUUUGACACUGGUCCCCCUCACUUACCCUGUGCCUUGUACACAGGAGGCACUCAAUCAGUAGGUAUUGGCUAAUUGAGCUGUCACUAAUAGUGCCAGCCUUAUAACAUCUGCUUCACACCUCUCAUUACUGAGACCUCUGCCAUUUCUGUUGCUCACCACUUAACUGCUAGAAUGUGGAGGAAAUCCUGAUACACCAACAAGGAAGUUUCUGAUCAGAUAAGGAUUUCAGGACAGUUGCAUGUGCAAAACUGAUUUUGUUGAGGGUUCCAGAAACACUGAUAUAGAGACCCUCACAGAAGAUACAGUCCCUUAUGCACCCCACUAUACUUCACUCUUUGGGGUGCAGUUAGAUAUUAUGACCUUCAGCCAAGCUUCUUGGCAAUAAAUGCAUUGACACACUGACAUAUUUAGUAAUUUGGGGUAAGUGUUUUUAGAAGUUUUCGUCCUAAGUUCCCAACCACCAUGCAAGCUGCCAG